AUGAUUCUAUUCCUCGGCGCCCCGAGCGUCGGUUGGCUCGCCAUCACUGCUUUCAGUGCCGUGGUUGUAUACUUCGCCCUCCGCUUGACUGCUAAACGUCGGUUUUACCGUAGCCAUGAUAUACCUAAAGCGCCACAUGACCCGAUAUGGGGGCACUUGAAACUCGUUGGAGAAUAUACCAAAAAGAUGCCUGGCACUUACAUCCAAGCGCCCUGGACAGAGAUCAAACGGGACUUCAACCUUCCGGAUGUGUUCUACAUGGACAUGUGGCCCUUCGGCCCAGAAUUCGUCGUCUGCAGCGGUCCUGAUGCCGCGGCCGCCUUGACCACCGUGACUGCCUUUCCCCAGGCCAAUCUUGUGCGAGAGUUCUUCACUCCCACGAUCGGCACGGGCUUCAUCGAGACAACCGACGGUCCGUUAUGGAAGGAGCUCCAUCAAAUGCUAGCUCCGGGACUGACCCCCGGGGCGACCCGGACGUACCACGACCUCAUCAUUGAUGAAGCCGAGUCGCUUCACAACCGGGUCCGUCGUGUGGCAGACUCCGGGGAGGUCACCGACAUGGCCUACCAGAUUGGGCAGUAUCCCUUCUCCGUCAUCUGGAAGAUCUUCUUCGGCGAAAAGCCCGAUCCAAACUCGGGCCUGUAUGAAGUUGCAAAACGACUCAACGACAUCAGCGGCUCGACUGGACCUCCUCUCAACCCAAUCAGAGGAUGGCAGGAGAAGCGGGAGCGGGCUGCUCUUGUGAAGCGACUAAACACGGAAAUUAAGAAGGUAAUAUUCUCUCGGUUUGAGAAAGUCUCAUCACAAAAGCCUCUCCCCACCAGAGCAAACGCCACCUGCCUCCUCGACAGGAUGUUUCUGGACCAGGUGAAAGCCGGCCUGCCCCUAGACGACCGUCUGAUGAAGCUCGUCUUAGACAAUGCCAAAGGUUUCCUCGUUGCCGGCUAUAGCACGACGACCGACACGUCUAGCUACCUGAUCAUGAUUCUCUCGGCAUUUCCCGAGGUCGUGCAAAAGGUCCGCGAGGAGCACGACCGGGUCUUCGGCAAAACCUUGGACGAGACACUGCGUGUUCUGAGAGACGACCCCAGCCGCAUCAACGACCUGCCCUACACGAACGCCAUGAUCCAAGAAACGCUGCGCAUGUUCCCCAUCGGCAUGGUCGUCCGCGACCCGCCUCCCGGAAUGACCUCCUUCACCGUCAAAGGCAAAAGCUACCCCCUCCGCCCAGGCCAAAGCUUCGCGGUCCUCGCCCACGCCAUGCACUACGACCCCAGCAUCUUCCCCUCCCCCAAAGAAUUCCGCCCCGAACGCUUCCUCCCCACCACCAUUACCACCACCACUUCCCCCACCGAGGACCCCCCCUUCCCGCGCUCUGCGUACCGGCCCUUCGAGCGCGGCCUGCGGUCCUGCAUGGGCCAGGCGCUGGCCAUGAGCGAGAUGAAGAUUGCGCUGGUGGUGCUGGCGCGGUGGUUUGACUUUGAGCUGACGGGCCAUAAUCCGGUGGAGACGCCCAGGGUCGGGCAUACGGAUUUGGAUGUGGUGUUGGGGGACCAUGCGUUUCAGGAUUCGAGGUUUACGGCGGGGCCGUGUGGGGAGGUGAAGAUGAGGGUAAGGGGGGUGGGGGAGCGAAGGUAG